AUGGCCACAAGGCUCGGCAAGACCCUGACGGAGGUGCGCAAGAGCGGUGAGUGCUGGUGGUUGCGACCGGAUGGCAAGACGCAGGUGACGAUUGAGUAUAUGCAGCAUCCCGAUGGUAGUGUGGAGCCCAAGAAGAUCCACACUGUGGUGAUCUCCACCCAGCACGCGGAGCCCUCCAAGGCCAAGCGCACCCAGGAAUGUGCUGGCUACACUGGUGCGGAGAUGGUGGCCCCCAGCAUGGAGCAGAUGAACAAGGAGAUUGAGGAGAAGGUAAUCAAGCGGACGCUUCAGUCGAUCAAGCUGAAGAGCGGCCAGCCGGCCAUCAGCUUGUACGGCAGCCACACCCACCUGCACAUCAACCCUUCCGGCAAGUUCAUCAUCGGCGGGCCCCAGGGCGAUGCAGGCUUGACUGGUCGGAAGAUCAUCAUUGAUACGUAUGGAGGCUGGGGAGCCCAUGGCGGUGGUGCCUUCUCUGGCAAGGACCCUACCAAGGUGGACCGAUCAGCUGCCUACAUCUGUCGUCAGAUGGCCAAGUCCGUGGUGAACAGCGGCUUGAGUGCUCGCUGCCUGGUGCAGCUGUCCUAUGCCAUUGGCGUGGCAAAGCCCUUGUCCCUGUUUGUGGAGACCUAUGGCAGCGAGAAGGGCAGCCUUGACGUUGACUCCAUCACCAAGGUCCUGAAGAUCGAGUUCGACUGCCGCCCUGGUGCCAUCGCCCAGUCCUUGGCUCUGCGUGAGCCCAAGUACCAGGAGACGGCGGCUUACUGCCACUUCGGCCGCGAGCCCUGCACGAAGGGAGGCAUCAAAUUCUUCGAGUGGGAGAACCCCAAGGACCUGUCUAAGUACAAGGCCAUGAGCACGGAUCAGGUGGAUGCUGCGCUGAAGGGCAGCACCUACCUGACAAAGUGGGUGGACUAA